AAGACUUGCGGGUGCCACUGCUGGGAGUGCGGCUGGAGGGAGUUCGGCUGGAGGGAGUGUGGUUGGAGGGAGUGCGGCUGGAGGGAGUGCGGUUGGAGGGAGUGAUGCGGCUGGGAGCACGUGGUGCAGCCACGAGUGCAGCUGAGGGGCGGAGAGCACCCACGGCGAGGAGGAGCGCGCUGCACACACGCCUUCACACCCGUCCUGCUUCCCUCCUCCUCUCAUCUGUCGCUCCUCCUCCUCUGGCUGCCAGUGCUCUCACCACAGGACCCUCCGGUGAUAGAGGCAAGCGCCAUGAUGUGAGCAUGGUGACUGGGAGGUGGACACUCACUGUAAGUUGGUAUGGUCCCUGGUGAGGCCUGCAGCUCCCCACGCACCCACUCGCCCCGUCCGCUCCUGCAACACUCCAACAGCGGCAAUGCAAGACCGACUAUUGAAGACUGACAAUCUGGCAACAACCAGGGGGAAUAUUUGUACAUUGCGCAUAUUCCUUCGUCAAUCGCUUUUGUUUGUCCUUGCUUUCAAUCUCAUUCGCUUCAGAACUCACUCCCCCUCCCUCUCUCUUUCACCUGCCCCUUCCCCUCUCCCCACCUGCCUUCCCUCCCUCUGCCCCUCUCCCCACAGUUCAUUUUGGGGUGAUGGGCGCGUGGCGAUGGUAGCGCAUGGCACUGGGGCGGAAGGGCUCAUACUAGAGUUGUAGGGGGUUAGAAACGCAUUCAUCCUCAUGCCCGCGUCCCUCUCUUACCUAGUCCGCCUCGCGUGCUAGCUCCAUGCCCUGGUGCUGUGGGCUACCAUCGCCCUUUCUCUUUAGUUGGAAUUUGCACCGUGUUUCACAAGAUGCAUUCUCGUUAUCGGUUUUGCUUCUUGCAAAUAGGACCAUUUCUUUGAAUCAUUCACUGUUCAUGCAUGUAUCUUUUGCUUGUUGUAGCACGUUUCUUUGGCUUGGCAUGCCUUGAUCUAACUUUCUGCAUCUCCCUCCCCAAGUGCUCUUCUCCCCGCACCAUUCCCUUGCACCAUUCCCAAGGGGGUGUGCACUGCAGAGCCAGAGUGGGAGGGCAGUGGGAUGACGCACGGUAGGCAGUCACAGCGGUGUGACUGCCCCCUGCGUGCCCUGCUGACCACUGCACUCCCCCUCGCGCCGAAGGCUUGCGGGUUCUGCUGCUGGGAGUACUGCUGGAGGGAGUGCGGUUGGGGGGAGUGCGACUGCAGGGAGUGCGGUUGGAGGGAGUGCGGUUGUUGGGAGGGGAGCAGCAUGGGAGCACGUGGUGCAACCACGAGUGCAGCUGAGGGGCGGAGAAGGAGCGCCCUGCACCGACCCUUCCACACCCUCUCGCUCUCCUCCUCCCUUCACCUCUCCCUCCUCCUCCUCUUGCUGCCAGUGCUCUCACCACGGGACCCUCCCCAGGUGAUAGAGGCAAGCGCCAUGAUGUGAGCAUGGUGGCUGCGAGGUGUGGUAUGGUCCCUGGUGGGACCUGCAGCUCCCAACACACCCACUCGCCCAAGCGCUCCUCACACUGCAACUCGCUCCUCUCCCUGGUGGUCUCUUUGCAUCGCUUGCCUCGCUUGCCGUGGCGAUCCUCAAUAUGUCCUUGUGUUAGGUACGUGGUGGGGAACACGCGUGGCAGUCUUGCCGUGGUUAUCCUCUCACUCCAAGCCCGCCUGUCCACCUUCGCACCCACAGACAGCACAGACGGCACAGAUAGCAUGGACAGCACAGCACAGCACAGCACAGCACAGCACAGCACAGACUCGGACAGCCACAUCGGCAGCAUCCACACCCCCAUUAUCCACACCACUUUCUAAUCACAGGGCCGCACCUAACCACAGGUACUGUAGCACUCUCUAAUCACAGGGCCGCGCCUAACCACAGGUACUCUAGCACUCUCUAAUCACAGGGCCGCGCCUAACCACAGGUACUCUAGCACUCUCUUAUCACAGGGCCGCGCCUAACCACAGGUACUCUAGCACUCUCUAAUUACAGGGCCGCGCCUAACCACAGGUACUCUAGCACUCUCUAAUCACAGGGCCGCGCCUAACCACAGGUACUCUAGCACUCUCUAAUCACAGGGCCGCGCCUAACCACAGGUACUCUAGCACUCUCUAAUCACAGGGCCGCGCCUAACCACAGGUACUCUAGCACUCUCUAAUCACAGGGCUGCGCCUAACCACAGGUACUCUAGCACUCUCUAAUCACAGGGCCGCGCCUAACCACAGGUACUCUAGCACUCUCUAAUUACAGGGCCGUGCCUAACCACAGGUUCUCUAGCCAAGCUUCAAGAAUGAUUGCAUAAUGGAAGAACUCAUGGAAAAGGGAAUUUUCUGUUGGAGCAAUGGAGUGAGCAACAGCAAUGGGUUGAAAGAAUUUCCUGUUGUAACUCUUGAUUCUUAGUAGCAGUGCUGGUGGCGGUGGUGGCUUUUAGUGCUUGGAGCUUCUUCUGUAGGUUUGACCUCAGGUACCCAGAGCGGUCAGAGCAGAAGAGGAGGCGCCGACACUGCAAACCUGGUAAGACUGGCAUCAGCAGCAGUGGCGGGAGUUGCAGAAAGGAGGGGGCAGUACUGGCAGGCGCUGUUGCUAUGGGCACAAGGUGUGUUGGCUCUGCCUUGGCAUACUGUCUUCAUGUCAUAAUUUUCAAUCAUAUUCAAUCAUUCUUGCAAUCCCUGAGCCACUACCCCCCGUGCCACUACCCCUCAUGCCACUACUCACGUGCCACUACCCCCCGUGCCACUACCCCGCGUGCCUCUACCCGCCGUGCCACUACCCGCCUUGCCACUACCCGCCGUGCCACUACCCCCUUGGCACUAACCCCCGUGCAACCACCCCCCGUGCCACUACCCCUCGUGCCACUACCCUUCGUGCCACUACCCCUCGUGCCACUACCCCCCGUGCCACUACCCUCCGUGCCACUACCCUCGUGCCACUACCCCCCGUGCCACUACCCCCAUGCCACCACCCCCGUGCCACUAUCCCCCGUGUCACUACCCCCCGUGCCACUACCCCCGUGCCACUACCCCGGUGCCUCUACCCGCCAUGCCACUACCCGCCGUGCCACUAUCCCCCGUGCCACUACCCCUCGUGCCUACCCCCCAUGCCACUACCCCCCAUGCCACUACCCCACGUACCACUACCCGCCGUGCCACUCCACCACGUGCCACUACCGCCCGUGCCAUUACCCCCCGUGCCACUACCCAGUCCCACUACCCACGUGCCACUACCCCCCAUGUCACUACCCCCGUGCCUACCCCCCGUGCCACUACCUGCCCUACCACUACCCACGUGCCACUACCCUCCGUGCCACACCCCCCGUGCCAGUAUCGCUAUCCCCUCUUUCCCUAUCCCCUCUUUCCCUAUCCCCUCUUUCCCUAUCCCUUCUAUCCCUAUCCCUUCUGUCCCUAUCCCUUUUACCCCUAUCCCUUCGCUAUCCCAUCUAUCCCUAUCUCUUCUAUCCCUAUCGCCUCUCCCCCUAACCCCUCUAUCCCUAUCUCUUCUAUCCCUAUCGCCUCUCGCACUAAUCCCUCUAUCCCUAUCGCCUCUCCCCCUAACCCCUCUAUCCCUAUCGCCUCUCCCCCUAACCCCUCUAUCCCUAUCUCUUCUAUCCCUAUCGCCUCUCGCACUAAUCCCUCUAUCCCUAUCGCCUCUCCCCCUAACCCUCUAUCCCUAACUCUUCUGUCCCUAUUCAUCUAUCCCUUUCCCCUCUAUCCGUCUCCUCUUUCCUUAUUCCCACUAUUCCCAUCCCCUCUGUCCUUUAAGCUGCAGCAGCAGCGUUACAGCAUUCUGGCAGCUGCAGUAUCUGCUGUCCCCCCUGUUUGGUCCUGCUGUGUAUUGGUGGGUCGUUCCAUUGUGGUGAGAUGGUGCCUUACAGAGUGCCUCAUUAAAGCCCCAAGCUAAAAUAGCAAGCCCCAUUCAAGUUGGACCCAGCUUGAACAAGAAAAUGGGCUUGGUUUGAACAAGAGUUGGGGUUUUUUUGUGGGGGCAGCUGGCUAUGUUUGAAAUAGAUUCGGAAGCAGUUUGUGCAUGGAAACUAUCGAAUUGGGGGUGGACUUACUGUUCACUUGCUCGUGUGACGACGAUCUUGUUGAGUGAC